AUGCAUUUGUCCAGCUUAGCCCUGAAAGGAUUCGCUUGUUGCCUGCAGUGCCUGGCUAUCUUCUUCAAGAUCUUUCACAUGCUGGAUACCAUAUCCCCAGAUAUUGACGACGAUGUGCGGACCUUCUUCGGCAUGCUGGGAAUGACCAUGAUCGCCGAGCGAGAUUUCCAGAGUCCAGACCAUUACGGAGAUGGCCAAGACUACAUUGUGGAGGAGGCAGCGCGCCUGACAAAUCUGCGCAAGUUGCUGGGGAUUCUGCCGGUUGUGUAUCUCUUUGUGGGGCACAUGAACUUCGGGGGAGCCGCCUCCAUGCUUGCCAUUGGUCUGACAUCGCUGAAGGAACGCCGCAGCAAGUGGGAUGAAAAGCUGCAGGAGCAAGACUUGUCUGCGGACAAAGUGGAGGAGGUGUUCCGGCUAUCCAUGAAACAAGCCCUUGAAGGGCUCUUCCGCUGGGCGGACCUGAACUCUGACAGCACCCAUGCAAUGGCAGUCGAGAAGGUCAAGAACAUGGACAGCAUGAAGGAGUUGAACCCAACCGCAGCCUGGAGCUGCCAUGAUCUGGGCUGGCACCAGUGGGCUGUCAAUGAAGAUCCUCUGCAGGCCAUGCGGGAAGUCGAACCAGGAAUGAAAGCAGCAGAGGAGGAGAAAGAUGACUUCAAGGCCAACUCGCUGCACUGGAUGUACUCCAGAUUCAUGCUGCUGGCUGGCAGCCGCCCAGGCCACACCGUCACAGUCUCUGAAUUCCUGGCCCAUGUCAAGAAGGCGAGGAAGGCCAAGGCGCGGCUGGACAGCUGGGGAGAGUACCUUUGCGAGUGCCCCCCAGGAUGGCUGCCACUGCCCAAGUCAAUGCUUGCCUCAGAGGAGGAGUACUGGUGCACCCUGGGAGCAGCAGCACGAUUCAGGGAAGCCAUCAGAAAUGACCCAGCCUUUGCAGACACCCUGCUGCCGGCCUUCACCGAGGAACAGCUGGACAAGGAGCGCAACCAUAUCAGGUGCUUCAGCUGCCAGGAGGAGAGCGACAGGCUGCUGCUGUGUGCCUCUUGCCAGCAGGCCAAGUACUGCUCCAAAGAGUGCCAGAAGAAGCACUGGAAGAAGCAGCACAAGAUGGAGUUGUACAAUCUGGCAGACUGGGCCCACCAAGACAGCAUCUGCAGGCGGGCACAGCAGGUGACGACCCUACUGCGGCUGCUCGGAGUCCUUCCCUCUGUCUGGCUCUACCUGGACUGCGGCAACGCUUGGGAUGCUAAUGCUGUGGCUCUUGUUGCCCUGGAAGCCCUGGAAAACGGCCCAAGGCCAUGGGAUGCCAUGCUGGAACAGUACGACCUGUCUGCUGAUAUUGUGGAGGAAGUCUGUCGCAUCGCGGUGAAUGCAGCAGUGGACUUGGUGCCUGGACUGAGAUUUGCAGAGGAGCAGAAGGAUGACCUCAAGGCCUGCCCGCUGCAGUGGAUGUACUGCCACAUGAUGCUUCUGACUGGGAGCCGCUGUGGGCAUACCAUCACAGUGUCUGACUUCAUGGAGUAUGUCAAGAAGGCAAACAAGACCAAGGCGCGGCUGGACAGCUGGGGAGAGUUCCACUGCCCAAACACUGGCGGCUGGACGCCAGUACGUGGCAAAACCUUGGCCGGGGAGAGGAGCUUCUGGCGCAGCCAGGGAGUGGCCGCGCGCUUCAAGGAAGCCAUCAAGCGCGACCCAGCCUUUGCAGACACAGAGCUCCCGGCCUUCACAGAAGAACAGCUUGAUCAGGAGCGUGUGCGUCUUAGGUGCUGCGCGUGCCAGGAGCUGCACGAGAAGCUGCUGUGGUGUGCUGGAUGCCUGCAGUGCCUGGUCAAGCUGUUUCAACUGUGCCACAUGUUUGAAACCAUAUUCCCGAGACUUGACGAGGAGACCAAAGCUUUCCUUGACAGCCUUUCAAAAUCUCCAUUCAUCCAUACUGAAUACACCUUGCCAUCAGGCCGGGAGCUCCCUGACAUCUACAGGCAAGCAAAGAAAGCAUGGCUGGUCUGCAGACAAAGUGGAGGAAGUCUCUUCCGCAUUGCUGUGGAUGUGACCAUGCAAAUGAAACUGCUGCCAGGGCUGAAGGCAGCUGAGGAGCAGAAGGAUGACCUGAAGGCCUGCCCACUGCAGUGGAUGUACUGCCACAUGAUGCUGCUGACUGGCAGCCGCCCAGAUCAGGUCAUCACAGUGUCUGACUUCCUGAAGCAUGUCAAGAAGGCAAAAAAGGUCAAGGCGCAUCUGGACAGCUGGGGCGAGUUCCGCUGCAAGAACUCCGGAGGCUACACACCAGUGCCGAGCAUCCCCCUGGCAUCGCCAUUGGACUUCUGGUGCACCCUGGGAAUAGCUGCGCACUUCAAGGACGCCAUCAAGCGCGACCCUGCCUUUGCAGACACCCAGCUCCCAGCCUUCACACAGCAGUAG